AGCGCGCCGGAAGUGGAGUGCGGAGCGGCGCCGCGCGCUGUCAGUCUGUGAGAUUCGGAGCCGGCGCGCUCGCGGGACGCCAGCAGGCAGCACGGGCGGCUCCGGGCCCCUCGGGCUCCGCGGUCCGGAGGGCACCAUGGACGACAAGGAGCUGAUCGAGUACUUUAAGUCUCAGAUGAAAGAAGAUCCCGACAUGGCCUCGGCUGUGGCUGCCAUACGGACUCUGCUGGAGUUCUUGAAGCGAGAUAAAGGGGAGACGAUCCAGGGCCUGAGAGCGAACCUCACCAGGGCCAUCGAAACGCUGUGCGGCGUGGACUCCUCCGUGGCCGUGUCCUCGGGCGGGGAGCUCUUCCUGCGCUUCAUCAGCCUCGCGUCCCUGGAGUACUCGGAUUACUCCAAAUGUAAAAAGAUCAUGAUUGAGCGGGGAGAGCUUUUCCUCAGGAGAAUAUCCCUGUCGAGAAGUAAGAUUGCAGAUCUGUGCCACACUUUCAUCAAAGACGGGGCGCGGAUCCUGACCCACGCCUACUCCAGAGUGGUCCUGAGGGUCCUGGAGGCGGCCGUGGCGGCCAAGAAGCGCUUCAGCGUGUACAUCACCGAGUCGCAGCCGGAUCUGUCCGGGAAGAAAAUGGCCAAAGCCCUGUGCCACCUCAACGUCCCUGUCACCGUGGUCCUGGAUGCCGCCGUUGGCUACAUCAUGGAGAAGGCGGACCUCGUCAUCGUGGGCGCCGAAGGGGUUGUUGAGAACGGAGGCAUCAUUAACAAGAUUGGAACCAACCAGAUGGCUGUGUGCGCCAAAGCGCAGAACAAGCCCUUCUAUGUGGUCGCGGAGAGUUUUAAGUUCGUCCGGCUCUUCCCACUGAACCAGCAGGACGUCCCAGACAAGUUUAAGUACAAGGCGGACACUCUGAGGUCGGUGCAGACCGGACAGGACCUCAGAGAAGAGCACCCGUGGGUCGACUACACGCCCCCCUCCCUGAUCACACUGCUGUUCACAGACCUGGGGGUGCUGACGCCCUCGGCCGUCAGCGACGAGCUCAUCAAGCUGUACCUGUAACGGGUGCCUUCCUGCCUCGAGGUGACGUAGCUGCGGCGGGGGAGGAGCCUCUGGACCCCGCGGCGAGCCCGGCCAAAGGGAACUGUUUUAACGGAGAUUUAUGGACUAAGGACUUCAAGUCAUAAUUUUGGUGGAUUUUUUAUUCUUUCCACUCCUGUUUAAACAUGUUCCCGGUUCCCAUAAAACAACCUAAGUUGUA